GCGACCAGCUUGAUUGACAGGGCGUUCUCAAUCCGCUGCGCGCACACGUCUAACCGAGCAUGUGGGGAGCAUCUCAUACCUCUGCAGGUCGGUGACUUGGGCAGGCAAAAAGAGAAGAAGCUGGAAUGAUGGGCGAGAAGAGAGAGUCUUUCCAUCUGUAUGGAUCGCUGGAGCGUGCACAGCGGAGCACGGGCAGCCACAAAGCAGAGGCCGACGUGGUGUCCAUGGCGGACUCCAGCAUCACCGUGGACGACAUCGAGGGCGAGCUCUUCAAGAUCAACCGCAUCAGAGACAUUCUGGUUCGGAGAGAGUCAGAGCUCAGAUACAUGAUGGAUGACAUUCAGCUGUGCAAGGAGAUCACUCGGCUGAAGAAGGAGCUGCAAAAAUUAGUGUCACUACCAGACAACGACAAGUCCGAUGAGGAUCGACAAAGGGAAGAAGAACUUCUACAGCAAAUCCAUAAACUGGUGGAAACCAGAGACUUCCUGGUGGAUGACGUGGAGUUCGAAAGACUCAGGGAGAAAGAAGAAGAUAAAGAAAUGGCAGAUUUCCUGAAGUCCAAAUUCCAGAGACAGAAAAAAGUUCUGAGCAGGCGAGCAGCAACCAGGGCUCAGCAGAAAUCAUCUCCUCUUGCCAAAACAGGCUUCACCCUGCUGAAGGAAUGCUGUGGCUGCACUUGCUCCGUCAUGUAGCUUUUGAUCGAGUCUCGCUCACAGAUAAGACUCAUUUCCUAAUUCAUCUCACCCAUGUGCCUCACGCCCCUGGCGUCAUUACUAAAAUCUGCCAUUUGUCUCAUGUUUUGAAAAAGUGUAGCACACAUUUAUUAUCGAACCAAGACUAUAAUGGAGCUACAAGCGUCUAGCUUUAGACAGUAUGCAGCAUUUCGGUUGUUCAGUUUUCAAGGAGCAUCAACAUUAGCUUGAGUGACAUUCAACUCAAAACAUAUUUCCCCAUUAGAAUGAAUGGAACUGCUGUUUAUCCGUUCCAGGUUUGCGAAUCAGUGGCUAAAUUUGAGGAGAAACUUAAAAAAUUUGUGGAUCUCUUUGUUUGCAGGUUAAUCCCAGGGACCUGAGGCAAGUUUUUAUUAAACAAUAAAAAUAUGACAAGAUGAUAUAUUACUAAUUGCUUUUCUUUUUUAUAUUUAUAAAAAUAUGGAUGGUAAUGACCGUCACCGCUCACCUGUUUUUUGUUUGUUUGUUUGUUUUUUGGGCAAGCAGGGUCACCGGUAAGUCAGGUACAACUGCACAUGCAAUCACUUUCCUCAUUGAAAUACCAUUAAUAGUUUAUAGCACCACCCCCA